AUGGGACAAAGGGUGGAGGUUAACUUUCUGCGGCUUCUGGCCUCUUGCGAGCGCCUCAUAGCUGAUGACAAGACCAAGCGCAGCCCUGAGAUCCGUAAAAAGCUUCAAAAGUUUGCAGCGGUGCUAGCAAAGCAGCUGGAGACGCUGCAAGGCGGAAUGGACGAGAACACACGGCAGCACCGCGAUUUGCCUCGAGAGUUGGCAACCGACUAUGCGAAGCGGGUGGCAGGAGUGAGCGACUACGCCAGCCACCAUACGCGGGGUCCCCACCAAAACGAGCUGCGAGCACGCUUGUUCGAGCUGCACCCCAACUCUCCGCGCGCGGCUGCAGAGACUGUGCCACACGAGGAGCUUGCCGCCACUGGGGCAGACGACCCCAUCCCCUCUACCCACACACUUGCGACUCUCGCCAGCGACCACCAGCCAGAUGCUGAAGACGUGACGGAUUCGGCCCAGGCGACCAGUCUGCGAUAUCGAGGCCACGCGAAGGGAACGGGCGCGCGCACGACAGGGGAUGAGAAAUCGAUGCUCUUUGGCCGAGGACGAGCAGAGGCUAUGACGCGGUCGGAAUCAGAUUUCAUUGGCCAGCCAGAUGAAGAGACAGUGCAGCAGGUGCUUACUGAUGAUAUGCUCGACAUUGUGAGUCAACUCAAAAACAACAGUCUUAGCCUCGGUUCCAUCCUCAAAGAUGACGCUGCCAAACUAGAGGAUCUUGAAACGCAGACAGAUAACAACCUCCAAAAGAUCAAAGGCGAGAAUCAGGAUCUGCAGCAACAGCUGAAGACGUCAUCGUCCAACACGACCUGGUUCUGGAUCAUCAUCAUCUUCGUGGCGCUUACGUUCGUGUGGAUGGUUGUCUUUAUCAAGCUCUUCCCUAAGAACUGA